CAAUGAAUACAAGAAAUGAAUCAAUAAGUUUGAAACCGAAAAGAAAAAUGUAUAUAUAUUGAAGCCUUGGCCUUGGUGAUGAUCAACAACCAAUCUUUCUUUCUCUUGUUCAUUGCAAUAUGGAGUCAAAGAAAGAAAGUGCAAUUCAACAUUGGAGCCAUUAUCACCCAUUGCAUUACGUUGAAGAGCAAACCAAUCAGAGUAAAAAAGUUAUUUGCUCGCUGUGUAGGGAAAUGGUGUCAGGUCCAAGCUUUAGCUGUGCGGAGUGCAAGUAUCACCUUCAUAAGAAAUGUGUCCAGGCACCUACGAUUAUUGUCAAACACCCUCUCCACCGUGAGCACUUUCGUCUUUUGCUUGAGGCAGAUUCAACCGAUUUUAAGAGGUAUGGUUGCCAUCUAUGUAAUGAAAAACGUAAUAUGUUUGUUUAUCAAUGUUAUGAUUGCAAUUUCUUUAUUGACAUCAACUGUGCUUUGGCUUCACUUAACAUUCUUGGUAAAACAUUCCCUAAGGUCAAACAGCAAGCCCACCAACAUCCAUUGAUUUUCAUUGAAAACCAUCAUGAUGAACUCAAAAGAACUUGUUGCUCCUGGUGUCAAAAACCAUUAGUAGAUUCUAUAUACAUUUGCAUGGACUGUAACUUUUACCUUCACAAGAAAUGUGUAAACUUACCUCUUAAAAUUAAUCACCCUUGUCAUCGUCAGCACCCUCUUAUUCUUAACUUUGAUGUCAAUAAUCAUUAUUGCAAGCUAUGCCAACAGAACAACGAAGGAUAUUCCUAUAGUUGUUCUCUUUGCAAGUUUGAUAUUGAUAUCAAAUGUGUUUGGCAAAGGCCCGUUAUAGAAGAUGAAAGUUGUCAUAAGCACCCAUUCACCUUGUUAUGGAGACAAGAGUCAUUCAUUUGUGAUGCAUGUGGUAUGGAGGGAAAUUAUGUUUCAUAUAUAUGUUCUAUAUGUCACCUCCAAGUCCAUCAGAACUGCACCUCAUUACCACAUGCAGUCAAAAUUUCACGGCAUGGCCACCCUCUUUUACACCAUUUUUCCCUUCAGCAAGAAGAGCUUGAAAGCCAGGAUUGUGGCAUUUGUUUAGAUGAAGUGAAAAUAGAGCAUGGAAGUUACUAUUGUUUCAGGGGGGAUUGUAAAUAUAUUGUCCAUGUGAAUUGUGUAAUAGAGGAUUAUGAGUACUACGACAGAAUUGAUCAAGUAGAUCAAGAUGAGGAGUCCAUUGACUAUUUAGCUUUGCAGUCGGAUGACACAACAGAUUCUUCCAUCACAGAUGUUAUUGAGGUCAAUGCACAAGGAGAAGCUACAAAGAUAAAACAUUUGCUUCAUGAGAAUGAUUUGAUAUUGGGGGACAAAAUUAACGAGGAAGAUGAUAAAUGUUGCGACGGGUGCAUGCUAUCCAUCUCAACUUCUUCGUUUUAUUAUUGUUCACAGUGCAAUUUCCUUCUCCACAAAUCCUGCGCUGAAUCAUCAAGGAAUAAGCAUCUUUGGUUUUUUAAUUAUUCCACUACCCUCGCUUCAGCGGAAAUUUUCACAUGUAGGCAAUGUAAUCGCCUCUGCAGUGGUUUUUGCUAUUUGGAUUUGUGCCUAAGGUGUGCCAUACUUUCAGAUACACUCAAACGUCAAGGACACAAACAUUUGCUCUCUUUUGAUUUUAAAUUUCGAGGGCAAUGCAACGCUUGUGGUGUCAAUAAUGCUUAUAAUGGUGCGUAUAGAUGUAAAGCUUGCAACUAUGCUGUAGAUUUCAAAUGCAUGAGCUUACCACAUGCAACUCGGCACAAGUGUGAUGAGCAUCUCUUGGAGCUUACUUAUCAUGAUGAAAAUGUUUAUCCAGAACAACAUUACUGUGAUAUCUGUGAAAAGAAAAGGGAUCCAAAUCAUUGGUUUUAUCAUUGCAGAAUUUGUGAUACUUCUGUUCAUCCCACUUGUGUUUUUGGGAAAUAUUCUUUUGUCAAGGUUGGGUGGACACACGAGUCUCGGUAUCAUCCACAUCGUCUCACAUCUGUCCGGAGCAAGAUUUAUGACCAUCCUAGAUGCUCUGAAUGUGGUAAGCAUUGUGAAGAUUUAGCUUUCAAGUGUCCAGAGCCCGCAUGUGACUACAUUGUUCAUUUGGAAUGUCUAUAGUAAAAAAGAGUGCAAUGUAAAGAGUAUGAUUAUGUUUAAUUUGUUAAUUGUGAUAUAUGUGUUUCUCUUUCUCUGUUGCUACUUUGUACCAAUCCUUUUAAUUUCGUAUUAAUAAACGUUUAUUCAGGGCUUUCAAUUGUUUAAAUUCCAAAGUCACUUUUUGAGUUUUUCUAAUUUCUUUUUAAUGGAAUC